GCGGCAGAUUGGCUUUGGACACAUCCCCCAACUAAUAAUCUAUUGCACUGAUAAUACCAGACCCAAAUUCCCCAUUCCUCGCCCACGUUGCAUUUCCCUGCUCUAUAUCCCAGAGGCCGGGAACCCGCCCAGCUCGUACUUACGCAAAAACACACCGGUCCACUCAUUUCGACGCUGCAGCAUUUGUCCACGAUAGCAGCAGCCACCUCCGGAACUGCGCUGACCACCCCGCGGUCUCCUUUUACGGCCGGUUCACAACUCUUCUUUGCUUUAAUCACCAUUGCGGAGGCGCGACUUGGUCGCUGCUGAAGCACUCUCUCUCAGGCAUGGCUGUCAACCGAUUAAGGAGCGCCUUUGCGGUGCCCAGGAAGGGCGAGACCUUUGAAUUGAGGUCUGGUUUAGUAUCACAAUAUGCAUAUGAACGAAAAGAAGCAAUCCAGAAGACCAUCAUGGCGAUGACUUUGGGUAAGGACGUCUCGGCACUAUUCCCGGAUGUUUUGAAAAACAUUGCGACCACCGAUCUGGAUCAGAAGAAACUCGUAUACCUAUAUCUAAUGAAUUACGCCAAAUCGCAUCCUGAUCUUUGCAUAUUGGCAGUCAACACCUUUGUGCAAGACUCUGAAGAUCCUAACCCUCUCAUCCGUGCAUUAGCAAUCAGAACAAUGGGAUGUAUUCGAGUGGAGAAAAUGGUGGAUUAUAUGGAGGAACCUUUGAGGAAGACAUUACGGGAUGAAUCUCCUUAUGUCCGCAAAACGGCUGCUAUUUGCGUCGCCAAACUAUUCGAUUUGAACCCAGAUAUGUGUCUUGAAAAUGGCUUCCUUGAAAUUCUGCAGGAGCUGAUUGGGGACCCAAACCCCAUGGUCGUCGCUAAUUCGGUCACUGCUCUUGCUGAAAUCUCAGAAACUGCUCCGGAGACAAGGGCGCUUGGAAUUAACUCAACAACCCUUCGAAAACUGCUCAUGGCCUUGAACGAGUGUACUGAAUGGGGCCGCGUUACGAUUCUCAGUUCUCUUGCCGAUUUCAAAACUACUGACGUCAAAGAUGCUGAACACAUCUGCGAAAGAGUAGUCCCCCAAUUUCAACACGUUAACGCCAGUGUCGUAUUGGCUGCCGUGAAAGUUGUUUUCUUGCAUAUGCGCUAUAUCAACGCGGAACUCGCGGCUUCAUACUUGAAGAAGAUGGCUCCUCCUCUGGUCACUCUUGUCUCGUCGGCUCCAGAAGUCCAAUAUGUUGCUCUUCGCAACAUCGACUUGCUUCUCCAAAAGCAACCGGAUAUUCUGAGUAAAGAACUUCGAGUAUUCUUUUGCAAAUAUAACGAUCCACCCUACGUCAAAUUCCAGAAACUCGACAUUAUGGUACGAAUAGCCAAUGAGAAGAACGUCGACCAACUCUUGGCUGAGUUGAAGGAGUAUGCCCUUGAGGUUGAUAUGGAUUUUGUGCGGAAAGCAGUCAAGGCUAUUGGCCAAACUGCAAUUAAGAUUGAGAGCUCUAGUGAAAAAUGCGUCAAUACUCUUCUCGACCUAAUCAACACCAAGGUUAACUAUGUCGUGCAAGAGGCUAUUGUUGUCAUCCGUGAUAUUUUCCGCAAAUACCCGGGUUAUGAAGGCAUCAUUCCUACAUUGUGCAAGUGCAUUGACGAACUUGAUGAGCCUAAUGCUAGGGCUGCGCUUAUUUGGAUUGUUGGCGAGUAUGCAGAGAAGAUUAGCAACGCCGGCGAUAUCCUUGCAGGUUUCGUAGAAGGAUUCAAUGAGGAAUUCACUCAGACGCAACUGCAAAUUUUGACGGCGGUGGUCAAGCUUUUCUUGAAGCGUCCCGAGAAGGCCCAAGGCUUGGUGCAGAAAGUCCUCCAGGCUGCUACUGCAGAAAGUGAUAACCCUGAUAUUCGAGAUCGAGCAUACGUGUAUUGGCGACUGCUAUCCAACACAACGGAGCCAAAUGCCGCCAAGAAUGUCGUUCUUUCUCAAAAGCCACCUAUUACCACAACAAUCCAAUCACUACCUCCCGCCUUACUCGAUCAGCUCCUAGAAGAACUCUCCACUCUAGCUUCGCAGUUCGUCGGUCAAGGACGAUUCGGUGCGGAUGCAGUACAGAAAGCUGCCAUCGAGGAACAACAACAAAACGCCCGCGAAAACCCACUGGCAGCAGCUGCAGCGGCGGCUGCAGUUUCAGGCGGCGCUCCACCAGCCCAAUCACAAGCCAACGCCGAAAAUCUACUAGAUAUCGACUUCGACGGCGCAGCCCCAGCCUCAGCACAGAACGAGCCUCCAAGCGGGAUGUCCGGGCUGGAAGGCCUCGCCGGAACCCCCGUUCGGACAGGCUCACCAGCAGUAUCCGCGCCUCAACAAAGCAACAAUCUAGACGACCUCCUUGGUGUAUUCGGCAACGGCGGAGACAACACCAAUGCUGGCUCAUCAAGCAAUGCCGCAGCCCUGGGAGGCUUGAGCGGUGGUUUCGGCGAUGGCAAUGAUGACUUGAUGAAUGGGUUCUCCAGCCUGAACAUGUCCGGCAACAACAACCCUACGUCGCCGGGAGCAAAUUCUGGAAAGAAGACAAAUGAGGAUAUUCUAUCCCUUUUCUAAGCCGAAGCUGAUUUACUAUUUGUUUUCUUUUAUGAAUUUUUUUUUUGCGUCAUGUUCCUUUCUUUUCUUGUUACUUUCUUCGCCUAAUCAUUAUGAUUCAUUGCACCAGCCAAAAUCAGUUGAUUUGAAUGGCUGUGGGGUGUCUCUCAACCUAUGUAUACGAGCAUUCGCCACUAACGAUAGCAAGUGAGGGAGAAAGCAUGGUAGAUCUGUGAUGAGAAAAGUACAAAUUUUAUAGAUAAAUGUCUUGCGUAUGGUCUCCAUUGAACUUUCAAAUGAAGCAUCGGUAUGAGUAGCUACUGAAAUACUACGCUAUUUAUCGGUUUACUUCUGAGAACAUUCGAGGGUACCAGUUGACAGAUGAGAUUUUCUUGAACCAACACCUAGUUUGAAAGAAAGUGAAUUAAAUUAAUUAUACAAUUUAGAAAGAAUA